AUGCCUCGCCGACGGCAGUCGCAGGAGAGUGGCGAUGAAGUGAGGGUAGACCUUACUGGUGUUGCGGAAGCUUGGGAGGGUCAUGACGGCAUCCGAAGGGGGGUCUUGGCUUCGUCUUCCCUAUUAAAGUGGCUGGGCCCCAAGCAAGUGGGUGUCGUUACGAUGGAAACGCUUAAAAAGAACAUACCAGUGAUGAUGGAGUUUUUGAAAAUCUACCUGCCCCAAGUGCCAGAGGGCAAGACAUGCAAUGUGGAGAUCAUCAAAGUGCAGAAGUUCCGUCACCAGCUGUGCUUGGAUGAGUCUAUGGCUUCCGUGCACUGUGAGGGUGUUGCGAUAAGGUCCUUGGUCUCCAUCAUUAACCGUCGUCAUGACGGGUGCAAGCGAAGGGAUCCUUGCUUGCGAGAGCUCUACGAACUUGUUACCCCGUAUUGGGCCCCAAAGAUUCGCAAGUCCAAAAGCGAUCUAGAGAAGGCACCCAGUGAGAAAGAGGACGAGGCUUCAGAGGAGCCAGUGACACAGGAGGGGGAGGAAGAGGAAGAGCUAGAGGAUGACGAGGAGGUAGAGGCCCCCAAUGAUGAGGAAGUGAAGGCACCCGCAGCGGAAGAGCGCAAGGAUGAGAGUGGUGAGGUUUCCUAUCGGGAGCUGUUGGAGAACUUGGGGCUACCCUUCAACACCCCUGACCCAAUGUCUGCUUAUGUGCGGCCAAGCCCUGUGCCCGAGCCAGUGGACUCCAUCGCAGCACCGCCAGCAGCAGAAGCCAGCCUGGAGGAGCAGCUUCAGUUGAUUGAGCCUUCUAGCUUGCAUUUGAGGUAG